AUGCUGGACAGCAACUUUGACACUUGGGAAAUUCUGGACAGCAAUCUCCAACACUUGUAUAAACCUUGGGCAACUGUUAUUAGGCUGUUGGAGGCUUUUGAACAGCAAUUUCAGACCUCCCAGGGUGCAGGACAGCAGUUGGCUGCUAGGAUUGCAUAUGGUGAGGAUAGAGAAUUUCGCCGUGUUGUGUCCCUUGAGGGAGCGUUAUUUGAGAAGUCUGGUACAAUGAGUGGCGGCGGAAGCAAGCCGCGUGGUGGCAAGAUGGGAACAUCAGUCAAAAUGAGUGUUUCUGGCGACGCUAUUGUUGCUGCCAAGAAAGAACAUUCUGAGUUAGAGGAUCAGCUAAAAAUAUUGCGUCAAAUGAUCAAUGAUGCUGCCAAACGUUAUCAGGCCUGUGAAAAAACUGAAUCUCAUCUUGAACUGGAACUGGCAAAGAGUCAAAAAGAGGUGGAUAGUCAUGCUACUCAACAUAGUUACAUAGAAAAGCAGCUUGAUGCCUUGAAGGCUGCUGCGGAACCAAAAAAUGAUGACCUGAGUAGGCUCAAGGAGUUAGAAGAUAUUAUAUCUGCUGAGGAUAAGGAAGUGAACAAGCUUUCCAGAUGCUCUAAUAAACUUAAAGAUAGAGCUACGGAACUUCAGAAUAAAAUAGAAAAUGCUGGUGGUGAAACACUAAAAAAUCAGAAGAUGAAGGUCUCAAAAAUCCAAUCUGACAUUGACAAAGCUGGCAGUGAGGUUAACCGGUUGAAGGUUAAGAUAGCUGCUGGUGAGAAAAUGACAAAGAAGUUGACUAAAUCAAUUGAAGAGUUGAAGAAAGAUAAAGAAAAUCUGAUUGAUGAGAAGGAAAAAAUGGAAGCUGCUUUUAAGUUAAUAGAGCAAAAGGCAUUUGAGGUUCAAGAAAAUUAUAAGAAAACUCAAGCGCUCAUUGACAAGCACAAGGAUGUUUUGAAUGAAACAAAGGCGGAAUAUAAUAAAUUAAAGAAAGGCUUAGAUGAACUACGUGCAGCUGAGGUUGACAAUGAUUAUAAAUUGCAAGACAUAAAAAAGGUGUUGAAAGACUGGGAGAUGAAGGUAAAAGGUUUCAAGAAAAGGCUUGAUGAUAUUGAGAAAGAUUUAGGAAAACAAUUGGAUCAGAUGCAAAGCGAUGCUAUUGAUCCGGAAAAGCUGCAAGAAGUUCUCACAGAUGGUUCAAUGAGUGAUGUUUGUGAUCUCAAAAGAGCAGCAGAAAUGGUGGCAUUGCUAGAAGCUCAGUUGAAGGACAUGAACUCCAACUUGGAUUCAAUUUCCGAAUACCGGCAGAAGGCACUAUUGUAUAAUGAACGUGUGGAAGAGCUUAAUGCUGCAACACAGGAGCGGGAUGAUCUUAAGAGACACUAUGAUGGGUUGAAGAAGAAAAGGCUGGAUGAAUUUAUGACAGGAUUCAACAUUAUAUCCCUGAAGCUGAAAGAAAUGUACCAGAUGAUCACUCUCGGAGGUGAUGCUGAACUAGAGCUUGUUGAUUCUCUGGAUCCUUUCUCAGAGGGUGUUGUUUUCAGCGUGAGGCCCCCAAAGAAGAGCUGGAAGAACAUUGCCAAUCUAUCUGGGGGUGAGAAGGUAAGUUUAGGUUUAUGUGCAUAACACACUAAUAAUGUUAUUCUCAUUUUUGGCGGUAUAUACAAUGUGUCUGUCUUAAGGGAGUUUUUUUUUUUAAUAUUUGUUUUCUGAAUUUUUCUUGCUUUUUUCGCGGUACUUUCGGCUAAACUUUUUUAGUUUUUUAAAACUAUAAAAUUCAUUUUUUUCCUCUUUAAGCUGAUUUGCAUAAUUUUCUAAUAUCAUUGCAAGAUAUGCACUGCACUAAAGAACCAGAGUUGCAUAAUCUUUUGGAAAAGUCGCCAGUGAGUACUAUUUGUGGUGUCAAAAUGGAUUUUCGGGUUAGGAUCAGGUCAUACUUAGAAUUAUCUUGGGACUAAACGGGUUGACCCAAACUCGACCCGGUUUUAUAAAUGGUUGAAAAUUCAGAGCCAGACCCAACUCGCCGGUUGCUGGGUUGACCCGACCCAACCCGCGAACUCGGACAUGAUAGGCUCGCUGAGGUGUGAACCCUGAUUGCUGGCUGCGGAGUUAGGACGUGAGGCAAGCGGUCAAGCAAACCACUAGAUGGUCCUCUGGUGUGGGUUCCCUACAGGUGGUUCCUUUUGGACUAACCACCAAAUCCCCUUUCUGGAACUUGGUGCAGAUCAUGGGAAAGUCGAUUCGGCGGUUGUGGCUGAGCCGGAUUGUUGGUAUUGGGGAGAGGAUUCCGGAGAGGCGAGAGAUGGAAUAGGUGACGGUUGGAAUAUGGCGGCCGAGGACCAUGGAGUUGAUGAUGGGGUCCAUCAGAGUUUAGUGGGCACAAACGAAGAGGACGCCAAUCUCGUCGGAUGCAGAGGGGAAGGAGGGAAGGGGUGGGGGGCCGCGGAUGAUGACCUUGCCGUCGAAUGGGCAGAUCAUGUAAGGGAUCAGGGAUGACGAGGUCGACCGUGAUGCGGAUGAAGGCAGGGAGUCUGGAAGCGAUGCAAGCGUGGGAGUGGCGGGACAGUUCUUGGUGGUGCAUUGCGGAGUUCGGAGUUCGACGUGAGGCGAGCGAGGUAGACGAGCUUUCCAGGUCAACCCAGAUUGACUUUGGGUUUUUGGGUCAACCCGAACCUAACCUAGUUUUAUAAAUUGGUUGAAAAACGAAACUCGAACCCAACCUGUCUGACAAACGGGAUGACCCGAACCUAGAAUUUUUUGGAUCGGGUCAAAUAUUGACACGCCUAGAUCAUAUAUAAUUAAAAAUUAGAUAAAUCUAUUUUUUUAUUUUUUUAUUAUUGAAUAGAUAAACUAAUUAAAUAUUAUUAGCUAAAAAUUGAAUAUUAUUUAUAUUAUAAAAAAUUAAUUAAAAUAUGUUAAAUAUAAUUAAUUGAUUUAGUUAUUUAAAUGAUUUAAUAAAAUAAAUUUGUUUUGAAAACUGGCACCAGUUAACUGGUCAAACUUUUGGUUCAAUGCUGUUCAGGUUGGUUCGUUGUGAAAUCGGGUUGGUUGAUAGACCGGACUCUAGUUCAACCUGUUGAACUAGCUGCUCCGGUCCUGUUUUUAAAAUGUUGGAAAUCUGGGACUUUAUUUGAAGCUUUUAUGCUAUAAGCGGAAAAACCAAGCCUGAUAUAGAAGGGGUGCACUGGCGCCCAUGCUUAUCUACAUAGAAGUGUAAAUAGCCAUAUAUGUUUCAUUGUACUAUGAUGAUAAGGUGUUUGCGAGGAUUCCAAGUCAGAGCAAGAUUUGAAACGUUAAUGUUUUUUCUUUUCCAGUUGAUUUUGCGACUCUUCUUGAACUGGUUCUUUUCUGGUUUAAUUCAGGUUUCUAUGGCUAAAGAUCUUCUCUUUAAAGCAUCACUAUGAAUAAAAUGUUCUACGAUUUAGUAAAUUUUCUUUCUCCAAAAAUUGAGGAUGCCUGAAAAUUGUUGUGAAGCUUCUGGUCUAAAUGUUUCUGGUUUUUUUAGUCAGGUAAUAUGAAUUAGAACAUUUUUCUUCGCUUUGAUAGUAUUAGAAAGAAUAAGUGAUUAAAAGUUAUAUUCUGUAAUUAGUUUUAUUAGACUACCGUACUGUACUUUCUUUAAGCAUUUCUGUAUAUUUACUUCUUUACCAAUAGACCAAAGGUCUAUUUAUAUAUCCAUCCUGUACUCUGUAAGUAGUAAGGGAGAUAAUAUUUUCUUUCUGUUAUUCUGCAA